GGCUUAUACUGUUCUUGGCACAGUUUCUGACCAUCUCCUAUUGCGAGCGGACCGCGGCCGCUGGACCUAAGCGUAAUUUCGUUACGCCUCGCGUGUACAGAGACGCAGCGAUCGUUCCUCUCCGUCCCGUCGCCGGCGACACGCGCACGUUCACCGCUCGCCGGACAAUUUUCACCGGCCGCGAGCCGUCUCUUCCGCCACCUGGGGGUGCACAGUUUCCGGUGGUCCCGUCGAAAAAAUGGAGCUGAACUCGUGUUGCAGAUGCUACUCGCUGAAGGCGGGUACAAUAUUCACUGGAGUACUCGGCAUAAUUCUAUCGAUCCUCUCGUUGAUAAUGAUCUUCACGCUGAACGUCGAAUGGAAGACGAUACUGAUCGACGUGCUCGACCAGAGUAUCGUCAAGAUCAUUUUCGCGAUAAACCUCUGCAUGACGAUCUUGAUCUCGACGUUACUGAUCGUCGGCGCUAUCAAAAAAAACACGUUCAUGAUGUUACCGUGGGUGGUUCUGGGCUUAAUUCUAGCAAUUGGGCUGCUGAUCAGCGUUCUCUACACGUCCAUCAUGUUCUUCGUGAAUCAUGAAGCCAUAAACGGUAUUCUGUGGCUGGUAAUCGGUCUCGUAACCGUUGUAAUUUACACGUAUCUCUGGCUAGUGGUCUACAGCUACUUCCAGCAGCUGAGGUACGACAAGCUGAACGGCAGGAUGGGUCCCUACGGAAGGCCGUACAAUUAUCGACGACCUUGAAGAGGCUCGUA